CCCGAAGAAACCGCACCACAUCGUCUCGUCGUCAGUUACAAAUGCUUCAUUCGCUCUGUAUCUGUUCAGUUCUUCUAGUGCCGUGCUUGCGUAAAGACGCAAAAGUUGCCAAACCACGUAAGAAAAAAACAAAACCGCGCAAAUUCACCACUCGCAGCAGCUUAAUCGAAAGCACCUAUUAGUUCAGUUCAAAAGUACCAGCCAAGAGCAAGCAACAAUCUACAAUCAUGUCGGUCAACCGUGCCCCGAAAUCCGGAUUCGCUGCUGAAGCCCAGAGAAAGAUCAACUCCAAAUACAGCGAAGAGCUCGCAGCCGAAUGUCUGGAAUGGAUCAAGGAAGUCACUGGCGAACCGAUCAACACCUCCGGCGAGAUGGACAACUUCUACGAGGUGCUCAAGGAUGGCGUCCUGCUGUGUAACCUCGCCAACGCGAUCGAAGCCGGUACGGUCAAGAAGAUCAACACCAGCAAGAUGGCCUUCAAGUGCAUGGAGAACAUCUCCGCUUUCCUCGAGGGUGCCAAGAAGUUCGGAGUUCCACCACAGGAAACCUUCCAGACCGUUGACCUGUGGGAACGGCAAAACCUCAACUCGGUAGUCAUCUGCCUUCAGUCGCUUGGCCGAAAAGCCGGUAAGUAUGGAAAGCCAUCGAUCGGACCAAAGGAAGCGGACAAGAACGAACGCCAGUUCAGUGACGAGCAGAUGCGUGCCGGACAGACAGUCAUCUCGCUGCAGUACGGUUCCAACAAGGGAGCGACCCAAAGUGGUAUCAACUUUGGCAACACCAGACAUAUGUAAGAAGGCAUUCCACCACUUCCUCCUUUUGUGUAAUCGUUACUUUGUGUAAAUUACUUCUGGCGAUCGUGAUCGCGAUCGCUGAAGGUUAAGACAUAAGAACAAACAGUUGAAAUUCGUAGACAACGACUUGGGGCAGCAGACAACCAUGUGGAUACCAUCGGAGAUAAUUUUACCACUUAAGUCAUCGUUAGAGGGCGAUCGUUGAAUUUUAUCAAGCUUCCUUCGGUAAUAAGCCAUUAAUGGAUGUUAGACUUUGAAAUGUUAUCAAAACUGAAAUACGGUUCUAAAGUGCAUUUGACUAUUCGAGUAUAGGCCUUAAAGUUAAUCAUGUUACAAAGAGAAAAACAAUAAAGACAAAAUAAUAGUUAAUACAUAUAGAAUCAGUUAACUUUCCUGUGCAAAAAAAAAUAUUUAUGCGAGAAAAAAAAUCACAAAAUAGAGUGCUCUUAAAACACAUACAAAAUACAGAAUACAGAAAAACAGGUGCAACUCACCAAUCAUUCCAAUCUUAGCAGCAUUUAAGCCAACAAACCAUUCCAAUCGACCAAUAUUUUUUGGUGUUAGAAACAGGUGUAGCCUUAAAGCCAAAUUAGUGCGUUUACAAAUUAACUAAACUUACAUAGAGCAUAGGUGCCAUCGGUAACCAACAAACGAAAGUAUUUAUAAAAUAUCUAUAUGAACUGUGAAGUCUAUCCGUCAUUCGAGUUUGGUUACAAUGGUUUCUGAUGGAUUCAACAUAUGGUUUUGACGAACGG